AUGUCCUCCUCCCCCUCCGCCGCCAACCUGCUCGCGCUCCUCCGCCGCAACGCCGCCUCCCCGGCAAUCGCGCUCCGACUCUUCCUCCACCUCUCCUCCGCGGCCUGCCCUCCCCCGCCGCGCUCCACGUCGUUCCUCGCCCGCCUCGUCGCCGCGCACCCCGCCGCCGACGCGCUCCUCCCGCGCCUCCACCGCCACAUCCUCUCCUUCCCUGACCCCUCCCCCCACCUCCUCGCGCUCCUCUCCUGCUCCGACGUCCUCCCGCUGCGCCUCGCCAUCCCCGCCUUCCGCUCCCUCCGCGCGCUCGCGUCCGCGCCGCCGCCGCCCACCCCCGUCUACAACCGCCUCAUUCUCGCCGCGCUCCGCGAGUCCCGCCUCGACCUUGUCGAGGCGCUCUACAAGGACCUGCUCCUCGCCGGCGCCCAGCCGGACGUCUUCACUCGCAACCUCCUGCUCCAGGCGCUCUGUGACGCUGGCCGCAUGGAGCUUGCCCAGAGGGUGUUCGACGCAAUGCCCGCCAGGAAUGAGUUCAGUUUUGGGAUCCUGGCGCGAGGGUACUGCCGUGCAGGGGGGAGCAUUGAUGCUCUUAAGGUACUUGACGGAAUGCCGAGCAUGAACCUCGUGGUUUGCAACACGGUGGUCGCAGGGUUCUGCAAGGAGGGCCUGGUGGAGGAGGCUGAGAGGCUGGUGGAAAGGAUGCGUGUGCAGGGGCUGGCACCAAACGUUGUCACGUUCAAUGCGAGGAUCUCUGCACUCUGCAAGGCUGGGCGGGUGCUGGACGCUUACAGGAUAUUCAAGGACAUGCAGGAGGAUUGGCAGCAUGGGCUGCCAAGGCCUGAUCAGGUGACUUUUGACGUAAUGUUGAGUGGGUUCUGUGAUGCUGGGUUUGUUGAUGAGGCACAGGUUCUGGUGGAUAUUAUGAGGUGUGGUGGUUUCCUGAGGAGGGUUCAAAGUUACAACCGCUGGUUGUCAGGGUUGGUGAGGAAUGGGAGGGUCGGCGAAGCGCAGGAGCUUCUGAGAGAGAUGGCGCAUGAAGGAAUCCAGCCUAACAGCUACACAUACAAUAUUAUCGUCUCUGGGUUGUGCAAGGAGGGCAAGGCUUUUGAUGCGAGGAGAGUAGAGAAUUUCAUUAGGAGUGGUGUGAUGUCCCCAGAUGUUGUGACUUACACUAGUUUGCUUCAUGCCUAUUGCUCAAAGGGCAACAUUGCUGCCGCCAACAGGAUUCUUGAUGAGAUGGCACAGAAAGGGUGUGCACCAAAUUCAUUUACUUAUAAUGUUCUGCUGCAGAGUCUUUGGAGAGCUGGUAGGACCACAGAGGUAGAACGGUUGUUAGAGAGGAUGAGUGAGAAAGGAUACAGUUUGGAUACAGCAGGCUGCAAUAUCAUUAUUGAUGGAUUAUGCAGGAAUAGUAAAUUAGAUGUGGCUACGGGCAUUGUUGAUGGGAUGUGGGAAGAAGGAAGCACAGCUCUUGGCCGACUGGGGAAUUCAUUCCUUAGUGUAGUUAGUGAUUCUUCCAUCAGCCAAAGAUGUCUUCCUGAUCGUAUCACAUAUUCUAUUUUGAUAAGUGCAUUGUGCAAAGAAGGCAGGUUUGAUGAAGCCAAGAAGAAAUUACUUGAGAUGAUAGCGAAAGAUAUUUCCCCUGAUUCAGUUAUAUAUGACACCUUUAUUCACGGGUAUUGUAAGCAUGGAAGAACCUCUCUGGCUAUUAAGGUUCUGAGGGACAUGGAAAAGAAAGGUUGCAACCCAAACACAAGGACAUACAACUUGUUGAUUCGGGGAUUUGAAGAAAAACAUAAAUCAGAUGAAAUCAUGAAACUGAUGAGUGAAAUGAAGGAGAAAGGAAUUUCUCCUAAUGUGAUGACCUACAAUAGCUUGAUAAAGUCCUUUUGUGAACGAGGAAUGGUUAACAAGGCCAUGCCUCUUUUGGAUGAAAUGCUAGAAAAUGAAUUAGUUCCUAAUAUAACUUCUUUUGACUUGUUGAUCAAGGCUUUUUGCAAGAUCACAGAUUUCCCUUCAGUGCAGAUGGUUUUUGAUGCUGCUUUGAGAACAUGUGGGCAGAAGGAAGUGCUCUAUUGCUUAAUGUGCACUGAACUCUCGACUUAUGGUAAAUGGAUUGAAGCCAAGAACGUUCUAGAAAUGGCACUUGAAAUGAGGGUCUCUAUCCAGAGUUUCCUGUAUAAGCAGAUAAUUUCUGGGCUCUGUGAAGUUGGGGAGGUGGAUCAUGCACAUAGCCUUCUCAAGUUGUUAAUAGCUAAACGACAUUUGUUUGAUCCAGCAGCAUUCAUGCCAGUGAUAGAUGCAUUAGGUGAUAGGGGAAAGAAACAGGAUGUUGAUAUGCUGUCAGCAAAAAUGAUGGAAAUGGCUGACCGUAAUGAUGGUCUUGGAACUGAUUCUGGUAGGAUUACCCCUGGAAGCUGUAAGCAUGAGCAUGAAAGGAAUGGUGAAAGUGAUUGGCGUACUCUUUUGCACAGAGAUGACAGUGCCCACACGAUUAUGAAAAUUACAAAGAGAGUGAGGACAGGAUGGGGUCAAAGAGGCAAUGUAUAUGAGCAUAAACAGCAACGGGGUGAUGACUUUUAUGUACUUGAGAACACUGGCUAA